CCUGGGAUCUAGAUUAAUAAAAAUCAGCUGUCCUGAGAAACAUAAAAAAAAUCGCGAACUUCUGCCUUUUUUUAUUUGUCCAGCGUCAAAAAAAUCAUAAUUCUAAAAAACCUGUUUUAUCAUAUGUGACAGUUUUGAAUGCUAUGCACAAAAAAUGGCGUUCUCACAUCAGAUAUCCGUAUGCUUUAUCUUAUGUGUAACUUUCUCAAAGGGGAUGCUCCCCAACGAAGAUCUAAAUUUAUUCGAAGGUGAUAUCAAAUUAGAUCCUGAUCAGAGAGAAGCAAUUUUGAAUGGUAAAAACCUCUACGCUGCUACAAGUGGAAAAAUUUGGCCGCAUACCAUACCAUAUGCCUUCAGCAGCGAAUUUGCGAAAGAUCCAAAGAUUCAGGAAGGUGUUCGUUUAGCCAUAGCACAUUAUGAGAAACACACAUGUCUACGAUUCAAAAAUAGAACCUAUGAACGACAAUAUAUGCUGUUCAAGAAGGGCGGUUGUUCUUCUCAUGUGGGCGCAAAUGGUGGCGUACGUAGCGUAGACUUGAGUGAGAAAUGCAACAAAUGGGGCGUCAUUGUUCAUGAAAUGAUGCACGCGUUAGGUUUUUGGCAUGAACAAAGUCGACCUGACAGAGAUAACUACGUACGAAUAAUAUUGGAUCACGUACCAAGAGCUGCUCGAAUCAAUUUCAAGAAGUACGGAUACGACAAAGUGAAUAGCUUGGGAGUUCCGUAUGAUAUCAAAUCAAUCAUGCAUUAUGAUGAAAAUGCGUGGACAGGUGGCACCAAAUACAAAUCAAUUAUAGCCAUUAAUCCAGCCGACCAAAAAUACUUGAAGAAAUCCUACAAUCGUAAAUCUGGAUUCAGCGAACUUGACAUAAAGCAAAUUCGGUUGAUGUAUAAAUGCAACGGCAACAUUCCACCGACUGGACAACCGACAGAGCCAAGAUGUGUUGAUUAUUAUGCUCAGUGUUCGAAGUAUACACGUUACUGUACUAGCCCUGUGGGUAGUGGUACUCGAAAAUGGAUGGAGGAAGACUGCAGAAAAACGUGUGCUUUUUGCUGAGAUAUGUUGCUUGUAACAUUUGACAACAAAAUAAAGUUAAAACCUGAAAGAUAAUAUUGCAAAAAUAUCCAAAA